AUGGACUGCAAAUACAACGUUCCCGCUGAGUCGUCAGAAGUAUACUGCAAGUACACUCAGGGUGAGCGGAUUUUUGACACAACUUUUCCUGAUGAGGAGCAGCAUGCACCAUGGAGGACCCGCGCCAGAGUGCGUCUGUUUCCAGGCAACAUCUGCAGAUUUCUGUUUAAAAGUCUUCCCAACGGAAAGUCCAACUUUACAUGCAACAUUAAGACGCCAGAGUCCAACAUGGUAUCCAAAACAUCAGUGGUAGAAAAAAAACUCCUUUUGCCCUGCUCUGCCUGGAGUGUCCUGUUACAGAGCUGCAGUGGUCUACAGUUGACCUGGAUGACUUUACCUUUGCUCCUGGGAAUAAACUGGCUGCAAACAAGAGCACGUACAGCCGUCGACAUGAUCGUCUGGCCACUGGUUUCGUUGGCUUCUUUCUUCUGCUACGCUGCAACUGGUGUUUUGGGCUUUUCGGUGACUACAGAAAACAAUAAUGUGCGUGUGAAAGAAAAUGAGGGAGUGGACCUUUCCUGCCAGCACUCUGCUGACUUUGGUAGUGAUGCAAGAGUAGAGUGGAAAUUCAAAGAUCUAAAAGGCUCAAUGACUUAUGUGAUUUUUAAAGGCGAACCCACAGCACAAUAUGCGAGUAGGGUGACGCAGUACAACAGCAAUCUGAGAUUCACCAAAGUGACUGUGAGAGAUAAUGGAGAGUACGAUUGUGAGGUUUCUGGAAAAGGCCAGUUUGGAGAGGUCCGUGUGAAGCUCACAGUUCUGGUGGCCCCAGGGGAGCCCCUGUGUCGAGUGCCCUCAUCGGUGACAACGGGAAAACCAGCUCUGCUCUCAUGUUACGACAAUGUCGGCUCUCCUCCUCCAACUUACAAAUGGUUCAAAAAUGGUGUCCUCCUUCCUGCAGACCCUAAAACAGUGUCUGGCUUCAAAAAUGCGACCUAUAAACUAAACCCACAGAAUGGCAAUCUAGAGUUUAGUCCAACAACAAAAAUGGAUACUGCUUCUUACUACUGUGUGGCUGAAAAUGAGGCUGGUCCUCCUCAGCAGUGUAAAGCCGCCACGAUGGAAGUCCGUGACUUAAACACUGGAGGGAUUGUCGCAGGAGUCAUCAUCUUUCUUCUUCUGUUGGCCUUACUUGCAUUUGGUAUCUGGUAUGCCUACAAGAAAGGUUACAUACCAAAGAAGAGCGACAAGCCAAAGCCGAACGUUGUCUACCAGCCUCAGUCAGUGUAUGGAGGUGACGAGGAAGACGAUGGGGAUUUUAAACAGAAAUCAUCAUUUGUUGUUUAG